CCAACUCUAGAGAGUUAAAAAAAUCUAAAAAAAAAACCAGAAAAAAAAAAAUCUCUCAGCUUGUUAGCUCCCCUCCUCUCUUCGCUUUAUCUCCCCUUCUAUUUUUUGUUUUCUUUCUUUGUUUUGUGGCGAGAGCAUCGUCGGUGAUGAUGCUAAAGAAGCGGAGCUUGGCUUAGUUCCAGUUAUUCGUAGAUCCGCUUCUUCUCUUCUUCGACCCCCUUAACAGGCUCAUCCCGAUACGAGAUCCCAGCCGUCCAAAUGGAGAUCGUGAUCCCAUCAUCAGCGCUCCCCCGGUCCACGCUAUCCUGCGCCGGAGAGCACCCCCGGUCCACGCUAACCUGCGCCGCGGAGCUCCUCGGCGCCACUCCCAAAGCUCAUCUCCCCCCAACGGAGCCACUCUAUUUGAUGCCGGAGUUCCAAUCUGCUGGAAGGAAAAGCAGCAAGUCCGAGCCUGCAGAUGCUGAGGAAGAGGACGGCGACGAGGACGGGGAUGGCGAAGAGGGCGGUGACUUUGGAGAGGGCGAAGAGGAUGUCUCGGAGGAAGAAGGGGAAGGGCACGAGAACCCGAACAACAACAGCGGGAAGAAGAACCCGGGCGGUGACGCCGGUGGCGAGGAGAACGGUGAGGAAGAGGAGGAAGAGCCCGAUGAUCAGGAAGAUGGUGACGACGACGACGAUGACGACAAUGACGACAAUGACGACGACGAUGACGACGACGAUGACGACGGGGGCGAGGAGGAGGAAGAGGUGGUAGAGGAGGAUGAUGAUCAGGAGAACGAGGAAGAGGAGGACGAUGACGAGGAAGCGAUUCAGCCCCCGAAGAAGAGGAAGAAGUGAAGCUCUGGAUUUUGAUCAGCUUUCCCUCUGUUGUUCUUUUUAAAACUCUGUCCUCUGUUUCUCUUGCUUUAACACUUUCUCUCUUCUAUCUCCCAACUGUGGGUUAUCUUUCUUUAUGAGGUAAUGGUGACUCACCUUUAGAAUAAGAGGGUGGUCUAUGUAGUAGUUUGUAGUAGUAGUAAUUUUAUCUAAUGGCAUUAGAGAGGUAACUUAAUUGGCACCUUAGACUCGGCAUUUGAAGAGCUCUUGAGCAUUUAACAUCUGGGGCUUGCCUAUUUCAUGCUGUUAGAUCUCAAGUUUAAGAAUAUCUGAAGUUAUCCUUCUUCCUAA